AUGGAUAUCUUUUCAAUCAUGGUCUUGAGGCAGCGACCGGAUAUUCACGCCCCAAUUCUCGAUGUGAGCACCAAUAACGAACAGAGUGUUACUCCUGGCUUUAUCUUCUUGGCACCUUAUGAAACGGCGCUCCCAGGGCCAUAUAUAUAUGACAUGAGUGGAGAGCUUGUUUGGAGUGGUUCAAACGGAUCGACCACGGUGAUUUCUCAUGAUCUCCAUGUCUGUUCAUAUGCAGAAUCCGAUCACCUCUGUUUCUUCCAAGGAGCUCAAAUUGGUGGAUACGCUCGAGGUCUCAGCGUGUUCUUGGAUAAUGAAUAUAAGCCUGCUGCGACUGUGCAGAGCGGUAGAGGUUUGGAGCUGAGUGACAUGCACGAGCUGAGGAUUUUUGAUGAGGACCGUGUGCUGAUUACAGUCUACCAGCCAAAACAGUACGAUCUAGUGUCAUCCGGCAUACCGGCUGCUAAUGGAUGGGUAAUGAGUGGUGUGUUUCAAGAGAUCAAUAUAACCAGUGGAGAGGUACUCUUCCAGUGGUCAUCACUGGAUCACGUUCCUUUAUCGGAAACUUAUACUCCCCUUGGACUCAACCCAGCUGUGGGCAACGGGCUGAGUAAUACCACCCCCUGGGAUUAUUUCCAUAUCAAUUCAGUGGACAAGUCCAGUAAGGGUGAUUGUUACAACUCAGAAUGCGAGGAAACAUGUAGUAUUCAACGAAGUGAUUAUAUUGUCUCUUCGAGACAUACCAGCACCAUCUACAAGGUGUCAGGCAAAGACGGAUCUUUGUUAUGGCGACUGGGUGGUAAAGAAUCCUCAUUCACAUGGGUAGACUAUAACUUCUCGUCGCAACAUGAUGCACGCCUCCGUGAAGAAAAUCAAACCCACACCAUUUUGUCGCUUUUUGAUAAUGGAAGUGAUAACUAUCGAAACACUUCAUCUACAUCAGCGGGGAUGAUUUUGGCUCUUGACCACAGGACGAAUACUUCAAACAUCUUAAACCGGUUUGAGGCCCCGGGAAAGGGCUUACUUUCAACUAGCCAGGGUAACACACAGAUGCUUCCUAAUGGAAACGUGUUUAUAGGAUGGGGAGAAAACCCAUCUGUUUCUGAGCAUACCGCAGAUGGGUCAGUGGUCUAUAUCGCUACCCUAAAAGACCAAAAUGCAAUGAAUUAUCGCGCAUUCAAGUGGAACUGGACUGCCACACCAUCUGUCCCCCCUGAUGUCUUCGCCCAAGCAUCUUCUCCCAACGCUCCAUUCACAUUCUGGGCAAGUUGGAAUGGGGCGACAGAAUACAACAGCUGGAACUUCUACGGAAGCAAGUCCAACUCUGAUCCAUUGGUACUUCUGGGCUCUGUCACUCGGCAAGGCUUUCAGACGACCUUUACAUUCCCUCAAUUUUAUUCUCAUGCACUUGCAGAAGCCGUUUCAGCGGACGGCACGGGACUGAGAAACUCCACAAUAAUAACUGUUGCCCUGCCCAAGGCGAGCAAAAAGUAA